AGAAAAGAAAUUUCUCUGAAUCAGACCAGACAACUGUUAUGGCUAAGUCAUCUAGGAUGUUGGUAACCAGCUAGCUUAGCUCAAUUUACACACUUAUGGUACACUGUUUAGAACCUCUGAAUUCAAAGACUAAAAACUAAAAAAAAGCCAGUUUUCUGGCUCAAUCUUCUCUUUGGCAAAAUUCUAGCGGUACUUUUUUUGUCAAAAUCUAGGAAACAUUAGUAUUACAUACCUAGCUAUGUUGUACGUCCAACAGUGAAUGUACAUGUUUGGAGCUUGAAGAAAAAAUGUUGACUGCAAAAAGAGAUGUUCUUUCAUGGAUUCUUGUAGUGAACUACUUCUUGUUGUUAAAUUUGGGUGAGUCCAGAGUUGCCCAAGAAGAAGUGGACAUUCUGGAACAAAUUGCUGUUACAAUGGGAGCGACACACUGGAAGUUCAAUGGUGAAUUGUGCCAGAUUGAAGCAGUCAUGGUGACAACUGAUCGACCAAAUUGGUCCGAAACUGAUGUUAAAUGCAACUGCAGUAUAGGAAAUGAUACUCUCUGCCAUGUAGUAGCUAUUACUCUUAAGGGCAUUAGUCUUCCUGGAGUUCUUCCACCUGAACUGGUAAAGCUUCCUUACAUUCAACAAGUUGAUUUUGCAUACAAUUACCUCAGUGGUAGUAUACCAGCUGAAUGGGCGUCAACCCCGUUAAGUUUUAUCUCUGUUCUUGUGAACCGGUUGUCAGGGGAAAUACCAAAGGAACUAGGAAACAUUACCAGCCUUACCUAUAUAAACCUCGAAGGGAACCAAUUCUCAGGCAUUAUUCCUUCUGAACUAGGGAAAUUGAUCAACUUAAAGACACUGAUAUUGUCCUCCAACCAACUGGAGGGAGAGCUGCCAACAUCGCUGUCUGGACUUGUAAAUUUAACAGAUUUUAGGAUAAGUGAUAACAAUGUCAGCGGGCCAAUUCCAGAUUUUAUACAGAAUUGGAAACAACUUGCAAAAUUAGAGCUGCAUGCCUCCGGUCUAGAGGGUCCCAUUCCAUCAGGCAUAUCUCUCCUCAAUAUGUUAACUGAUCUGAGGAUUAGCGACAUAAAUGGACCAAUGCAGGAAUUUCCUCCUCUAAACAACAUGACAGGCCUAGUGAUACUGGUAUUGAGAAACUGCAACCUUUCUGGAGUAAUUCCUGGAUAUAUUUGGCAAUUGAAAACUAUACAAACAUUUGAUGUUAGUUUCAACAAGCUGGUCGGAACGAUUCCAGAUGACAUAAGUGCAAGAACUAUGCUUAAAUUUGUGUUUUUAUCUGGUAACAUGCUCAGUGGAAAUGUACCUGACUCAAUCUUGAAGAAUGGAAUAAAUGUUGAUCUUUCCUACAAUAACUUUACUUGGCAAGGCCCUGACCAACCAGCGUGUCGGCAGAACACGAAUUAUUACAUCAACCUGUACAAGAGUUCUUCAGCAGUUAGCAUUUUAAGGAAUGUUCUUCCUUGUACAGAGGAUUUGACUUGUCCAAGAUAUGGGUGUUCCCUGCAUGUUAACUGUGGAGGAAAUGAUUUUACUGUUAAAGAAAACAAUAGACAACUUGAUUAUGAAGGAGAUGCUCAGGUUGAAGGUGGUUCUGCUAGAUAUUUCCGCAGUAAUAAGUACUGGGGAUUUAGUAGCACUGGAGACUUCAUGGAUGAUGCUAAUGAUCAGAAUACACGUUUCAUUGAAUCUACACAAUCACUGUCUGAAUUGUACAGUGGAGCACGGGCUUCUCCACUUUCACUUACUUAUUUCCGUUAUUGCUUGGAGAAUGGGAAUUACAGUGUUAGUCUGCACUUCGCCGAGAUAAUGUUCAAAGAUGACCGUACAUAUUACAAUCUUGGAAGGCGUGUCUUCGAUAUUUAUAUCCAGGAGAAAUUAGUUUGGAAAGACUUUAAUAUUGAAGAGGAAGCUCGUGGAGUUAAAAGGCCUGUGAUCAGACGUUUUAAUGCCACUGUAACAGAUAGUGUCUUAGAGAUCCGACUUUACUGGGGUGGCAAGGGCACUACCCGCAUUCCUCUUAGGGGACAUUAUGGUGCACUCAUAUCAGCCAUCUCGGUCGACUCGAAUUUCAAAUUCUGUUCAAACAAGGACAGAAAGACCGUAAUAAUUUAUGUUAUUGUUGGAGUUUUGGCUGCAUGUAUCACAUUUUUCGUAUUGAGUAUACUUUGGUGGAAAGGCUAUCUAUGCAGAGAAAGGAAAAGAAGAGAUCUCAAUGGUGUAGAGUUGCAGAUGGUUUGCUUUACUCUAAAACAAAUAAAAGCCGCCACUAAAAACUUUGAUGCUUCAAACAAGAUAGGAGAAGGUGGUUUUGGUCCAGUCUAUAAGGGUCAAUUACCUGAUGGUACAUUAGUAGCAGUGAAGCAGCUCUCCUCUCAAUCAAAGCAAGGCAACCGUGAAUUCUUGAAUGAGAUUAGUACGAUCUCCUGUUUACAACACCCGAAUCUUGUUAAGCUUCAUGGGUGCUGUAUUGAAGCAGACCAGUUACUGCUUGUAUAUGAAUACUUGGAUAACAAUAGCCUUGCUGGCGCUUUGUUUGAGGACAGCCGAUUGACACUGGAUUGGCCUACAAGGUUUAGGAUCUGUCUCGGAAUAGCAAAAGGUCUCGCUUUUCUACACGAGGAAUCAAGCCUAAAAAUUGUACAUCGAGACAUCAAAGCUACCAAUGUGCUGCUGGAUGGGCAGCUAAAUCCCAAAAUAUCUGACUUUGGACUAGCUAGACUUAAUGAAGAAGAGAAAACCCAUAUUAGUACUCGAGUUGCUGGAACAAUAGGAUACAUGGCACCAGAAUAUGCGCUCUGGGGUUAUUUGACCGAUAAAGCAGAUGUUUACAGUUUCGGAGUUGUACUUUUGGAAACUGUCAGUGGAAAGAACAACAAUAACUACAUGCCGAGCAACCAUAGCAUUUGUCUCUUAGACUGGGCCUGUCACUUGCAACAAAGUGGGAGUAUAGAGGAGCUCAUAGAUCAGAGAUUGGAUUCUGAUAUUAACAAACAAGAAGUGGAGAGAAUAGUAAAAGUGGCACUCUUGUGCACUAGCGCCACUCCCUCACUCAGGCCUAUCAUGUCCGAGGUAGUGAGUAUGUUUGAAGGACGAUUAGCCAUUCCCGAUGAAAUUCCAGAGGCAAAUACUUAUUCUAAUGAUCUGAGAUUUAAAGCGAUGAAAGAUUUUCAUCAAGAGAGGCAAAAACAGAAGUUAACUGGAAGCCAAACUCAAAACACCAUGACCAUACAGACUGACAUGGGUUCUUCUUCUGCAUCUACUACUAAUCUCUUCGAUUCCGUCCAAUUUCAAGAUCAAACAGACACAUAAUUUCAUUUCAUUUCAUGUCAUGGCUGGCUCAAUUCCUGCUUGUUGCCUACUUGAGGUACUUCACAUUGAUUCAGGACACCACCUUUGCGGGUAUUUAUACUUGUAAUUAAGCAAUUUGUUCAAAUGUUUAUAGAAGACUUGCUGUACAAUGUAAAUACAGGUUCCAGUUUUGAGACAAAGGAUGUAACACUUGUUUUUUCUUCUGCUGCACUUCUUUUACCCUUCUUAUUGGAGUAGUAGGAUUGAUCAGAUAUAUUGACUUUUGAAACUGGAGAACUAUUGUUAUAGAGUGCAACGCUCAUUAUCCUGA